ACUCACUUGGCUGCUCUGCAUCCAUCUCACUCUGCUGCCGGGGUUAUAAAAGUCAAUACCCUCCGGCCAGCGUUACCCCGACCACUUCGCUCAGCUAACUCCACCCCUGCACCCGACCUCACCACCCAAUCCCCACCACUCCCCGGCGCGGCGGCGUUCUAUGGCCUACACCUCCUCCCUCCCCCUCCCCAAGCACCUCCUCCUCCCCAGGACCCGCCGGAACACGCGUUCCUCCUUCGUCCCCGCCGCGGCCAAGACCAACGGCGCCGCCCCGCAAGUGAACGGGCACGCCGAGAACGUGCCGCACAACAGCAAGGUACAGAUCAACGGCAACGGCAAGGGAGGACGCAGCGGCGUCAACGGGAAGGGGCAGGUCGUCAACGGCCACGGUAAGAAGGGUGUCAACGGGAAGGGGGCGCACGUCAACGGCCAUGUGGACCGGAUCCACCUCUCGGUGAGCACGGGAGGCGGGGGCGGGAGGCAGGAUGGGACCGGGCUCCGGGUAGCGUUCCAGGGCGCGCCCGGCGCGUACAGCGAGUUCGCGGCCAAGACGGCGCUGCCCGGGUGCGACACCGUCCCGUGCCGCGCGUUCGCGGACGCGCUGGCGGCCGUGGAGCGCGGGGGCGCCGACCGGGCCAUCCUCCCCGUGGAGUCCACCAUGGAGGGCACCGCGCUGCGGAACUACGACCUUCUGUUGCGGCACGACCUGGUGGUGGCGCAGGAGAUCAACCUCUUCGUGCAUUACUGCCUCCUCGCCAUGCCGGGGGUCCGCGCCGCCGAGGUGCGCCGCGUUAUCAGUCACCCAAUGGCGCUCGCGCACUGCGGCCGCGCGCUGGCCCGCCUCGGCGUAGACCGCGAGCCCGUCGAGGACACGGCGGGCGCCGUGGAGAUGCUGCGGUCCAACCGGAUGCUCGACACCGCGGCCAUCGCCAGCCCGCGCGCCGCCGACCUCUACGGCCUCGACGUGCUCGCGCACGGCCUCCAGGACGAGUCCUGGAACGUCACCCGCUUCCUGCUGCUCUCCAGGCCGCCCUCGCCCGUGACCCUGCCCGGGGACGCCGACUUCAAGACCAGCAUGGUGGUCGCGCACCGGGGCGGGUCCAUGAUGGUGGUGCUCAAGGUGCUCUCCGCUUUCUCCUCACGCAGCAUCAACCUCACCAAGCUGGAGGUCAUCAACAACGACGCCGACGGCGCGCGGCACCCGGUGAUGAUCCUGGACACGAGCGCCCGCGGCGCGCCGACGCUGCGCGCGUUCCCGCACGUCCUCUACGUCGACUGCGAGGGCGCCGCCCACGACCCCCGCGUCCACGAGGCCAUCCAGGAGAUCGAGAGGUUCGCCGUGUUCGUGCGCGUCCUCGGCUGCUACGCCGCCGACACCACUGUCUACGACCUGCAAUAAGGAGGAAAGGAUCAUACAGAUCGAGAUCCUCUCACUUCAUCCCUUAAAAUCACGCCGUGACUUCACCCCGCGAUCCGUCGUCCGUUCCUAGAAUCGAGAUCCUGCUGCCCAGCCUCUCCGAUGCGUCGAGCUCCCCAGGCAGAGGGAGAGAGACUGAUUGUGAGAGAAAUCACCAUUGCGUCGUUCUUCGCAGCAAACCACCCUCAAGAUUACCUGCAAACACGUGGAUCGAGUUCAAUAGUCGAUUACCUGCAAAUU